GAGGGCGGGGCCCUGCAGAAACAUGAGCAGUCUGAGCGCAGAGGCAGUUGUAGUCCGCCUUCCUUUUUAGCUGGGGCUCCAUUCAGUUAGAAAGGCACUAAGCACAGGGGUCAAAUUUUAGAGGCUUUGCAUGUUACACUGCACCAUCUGUGGGGAAAGCAAAUUGCAGGAAAAAAGGAGCAGUGGGAUAUAGAUCUUUUCUGAACGUUGAUCAAGGCAAAUCCAUACUCAGGCAUUUCAAGAUUAUUGUUUUUUCAUUAUCAGGAAACUGUAAAGUGAUAUAAUCUGCAGUUAAGAAAAGUACUGCAUGUAGGUCAUCCUGAUGCUGUAAUUGUUUCCAUGGACUAAGUAUCGUAAGCUACAGCAAGAUGUCUGAGAAAGAAAUUCUGUUUGACAACAUCACUGCAGAUGCAGUUUCAUCUGCUUACUCCUCUCCAGCUAAAAGUCUUGGAGAGACUGCAAUUACUCCUCUUUCACCUUCACAUUCUGUGGGAGACACAGAACAGAAUGUGCCCGCAGAGCAGACUUAUGUCGUGGUUGUUGCUAUUGAUUUUGGCACAACGUCCAGUGGAUACGCCUACAGCUUUACAAAGGAACCAGAAUGUAUUCAUAUAAUGAGGCGAUGGGAAGGUGGAGAUCCUGGUGUAUCCAAUCAGAAAACUCCAACUACAAUUUUAUUAACACCAGACAGGAAGUUUCACAACUUUGGAUUUGCAGCGCGAGAUUUCUAUCAUGACCUAGAUGCGAAUGAAGCUAAACAAUGGCUGUAUCUGGAGAAGUUUAAAAUGAAGCUGCAUAUGACUAGCAAUCUCACAAUGGAGACUGACUUGAUAGCAGCAAAUGGGAAAAAGGUCAAAGCUUUAGAAAUAUUUGCCUAUGCUCUGCAGUUCUUUAAAGAACAAGCAUUAAAGGAACUGAGUGAUCAGACUGGUUCAGAAUUUGACAACAAUGAUGUGCGAUGGGUGAUAACGGUGCCAGCAAUUUGGAAACAGCCAGCCAAGCAGUUUAUGAGGCAAGCAGCAUACAAGGCAGGCUUAGCAACUCCUGAUAAUGCUGAACAGCUGAUCAUUGCUUUGGAGCCUGAGGCUGCAUCCAUAUACUGCAGAAAGCUCCGCCUCUACCAAAUGGUCGACCUUAGUGGCAAAACAGGAGUCAACGGUUAUAGCUCGUCUGAGACAGUUGGAGCUGGGUUUACACAUGCAAAGGAGCUCACUCGGCGUAACCGACAAAGUCGCACCUUUUUGGUGGAAAAUGUCAUAGGAGAGCUCUGGUCCGAGCUGGAGGAAGGUGAUCGUUAUGUUGUGGUUGAUUGUGGAGGAGGUACAGUGGACGUAACUAUUCAUCAAAUUAAACUUCCUGAGGGGCAUCUCAAAGAACUUUACAAAGCAUCAGGUGGACCUUAUGGCUCAGUAGGGGUGGAUAAUGAAUUUGAAAGCCUUCUUUGUAAAAUCUUUGGGUCGGAUUUCAUUGACCAGUUUAAGGUCAAACGCCCAGCAGCUUGGGUGGAUUUGAUGAUAGCUUUUGAGUCACGAAAACGAGCAGCAGCCCCAGACAGAACUAAUCCACUUAACAUUAACCUGCCGUUCUCCUUCAUCGAUUAUUAUAAAAAGUUCCGAGGCCACAGCGUGGAACAUGCCCUUAGGAAAAGCAAUGUAGACUUUGUGAAGUGGUCAUCCCAGGGAAUGCUGAGAAUGAAUCCAGAUGCAAUGAAUGCACUUUUCAAACCUACUAUUGACCAAAUUAUUGGCCAUCUCAUGGAUUUAUUUCAGAAGCCUGAAGCAAAGGGUAUUAAAUUUCUCUUCUUGGUGGGUGGUUUUGCUGAGUCCCCUUUGCUUCAACAAGCAGUUCAGUCAGCUCUUGGUGAAAAGUGUCGGAUCAUCAUUCCUCAUGAUGUGGGGCUUACAAUUCUGAAGGGUGCAGUUCUCUUUGGCCUUGAUCCCAGUGUCAUAAAAGUGCGCCGUUCCCCUCUAACAUAUGGAGUUGGGGUGUUGAAUCGAUUUAUGGAAGGAAAGCAUCCUCAAGAGAAAUUACUGGUCAAAGAUGGCACACGCUGGUGCACUGACAUCUUUGACAAGUUUAUUACGGCUGACCAGUCUGUGGCUCUCGGAGAGACGGUCAAACGUAGUUACACUCCUGCAAAGCCUUCCCAAAUGGUCAUUGUAAUCAAUAUCUACUGCACUGAACAAGAAGAUGUCAGUUUCAUUACUGAUCCUGGAGUGAAGAAAUGUGGUACUCUCCGUUUAGAUCUGACAGGAACUGAUAGCUUGUCAGCAUCAGGUAGAAGGGAAAUCCAGACACUAAUGCUGUUUGGGGACACUGAGAUUAAAGCUAUGGCCAUAGAUGUUGCAACAUCUAAAUGUGUCAAAGUUGGAAUUGAUUUCCUAAAUUAGUAGCAGUUAUUUUACUAUCUUCUGCUUUUAUCAUAUUCAUUGAAGCCUUGAUUCAGAAAUUCACUGCUCUGUUUCCCUGGAAACUGGUCACAUUUCAGCAGGCAAUGAGUAAAUCUCUUGCUUUUACUUAUUUUUCUUAAAGAGUUGUAAUCUCCUCAUAAGUGAAGAACAUUUUAAAACGGCUGUAGUAAUCAGAUUUCAGAUUUUACAGCCUGAAUACCAACUACUGCCAAUAAGAUUAAAAGAGUUGUGUCAGUACACUAUGAAGCCAAAUUCAGCUAUUUAAAGCAGGAGACCUAAGACUCUUUCUGAUUUUACUUAAACUAUGACUAUUAUUUUUCAGAUGAUUAGAUUUGUUUGUAUAUUGUAUGUAUUUUAUCAUUUGUACUAUACUAAGCAAAUAUUUACUCAAAAAAUGUUUUACUACUGUAUGUAUUUAAUUAACGCUUUCCUAGAGUAUGAUGAAAGAUAAACUGUCAGAGAAAUAAUUAAUUUGACAGUGAAACAGUCUGUAGAAAUGCGUUCUAGUUAACAGAGUUGUCAGAUGCAGGCAACAGAGGAGCAGGAGUUUCCAAGGAAAAGGCUUUGAGGCUCAGUUGAAUUCUGCCCACAGACCUUGUUAAAUGUUUCUGUUUCAGUAGUGGUACUAAUUUUCUAAUAAAAAAUCACUCUAGCAUUAAUUGCAUUGUAUCCCAGACAUAUGUCUUCCAGUGGGAUACUUUAUACUUAGUCAAGUCUUUAUAGGAAUGCAUUCAAAUGCAUUAUUUGUACUUUCCAUGCCAUUAUAACAGAGAUGACAUGCAACAACAGUUUUGCAUGUUUUGCAAAUAAACAACUCUUAAUAAUGCAGAUUAUAUACACACACUUAUAUGGAUCACCUUCAUUUCGUCGACAGUUCAUUUCACUGACACUCAACUCAGCAGGCCCAA